AUGGAGAAAUUUGAUAGGCAAAUUAGGUUGUGGGGAUCAAAAGGCCAAUUACUAUUAGAGUCUUCAAACAUUUGCAUUAUUACAAAUAAUACUCAAACUAUUUGUGUUCAAGAAUACUUAAAAAAUUUAUUACAGCUAGGUAUUAAUAAUAUAGAUUUAAUUAAAGUUAAUAACACAAAUACGGCUGAUGACGAUAUUAAAAUUGGAUUCUUCGAUUAUCAUUAUGAGAAUAAUAAAAAUAAUGGUAACGGAAAUUCGGUGAAUGAAUUGUUAGUUGAUAAUAUUAAUGAACUAAAUUUAGAAAAUUAUAAUGUAAUUAUACUGAUUGAUCUUAUUGAAAUUAAAACUUUAAAUUUUUUUAAUAAUAUCAAAUUAAAUCAACCAAUUUUAUCAUGUUAUUCAAAAGGUUUAUAUGGUUAUUUGCAUUUAAAAGUUAAUGAACCACAUUUUAUUAUAAAUAAAAAUUUGGAGUUUAUGAAGUAUGAUUUAAAGCUAUAUGACGAAAAUUGGUUAGAAUUGAAAAAUUAUAUGGAUUCAAUAGAUUUAAACAUAAUAGAAUUAUCACAAUUGCCAUAUGUUAUUAUAUUAUAUAAGGCAUUAUAUGAUUUGUCGAAUUCAAAAAAAAUUGAAUUAAAUGAUAUACCGUUAAAUCAAUUAAAAGAUCAUUUAUCGAAAUUUAAACCAAUCUCUAAAAUAGUUUCGAAUACUGAUAUGAAUUAUCUAGAGGCAAAGAGGUUUGCUCAUUUAGCUCUACGUAAUAAGACUUUUGAAACACAUUUCAUUGAACAAAUGAAUCUCAUUGAAGAAAUAAAUCCUAUUGAUUUAUUCGAUCCAAUUAAUCAAUACGGUUUAACUAUACAAAAACUAUUUUACUCAUAUUGCAUCUCACCAGAAUCUGAACAUGAUAUGCCACUAUCAGGGACAUUGCCAGAUAUGGAAUCAGAUAAUAGACUUUACAAUGAUAUAAAAACCAUCUACGACAAAAGAUCAAAAAGAGAUUCAGAAAACUUUAAUAAUUAUGUAAAAAACAUAACACAUGAAAUCCCAGAUGACUUUAUCGAUGAUUUUGCAUCAAAUAUAACACAAACGGAUACAUUUGUUUCAGAAUCGAAUUUUACAAAAAUGAUUGAACUUAAUACUUCAUAUCCUACUCUAAUAUUAAAAGAACUCAUAGGGGACCAAUAUUAUAAAAAUGCUACCUCAAAGGUAUCCAGUUUGAAAGGUUUCAACUUAAAUUCAUACCCUACAACGUCUAUAAUUGCAGGAAUCGUAGCUCAAGAGACAAUUAAAUUAAUAACCCAUCAGUUUGAACCAAUCGAUAACACAAUAGUAUAUGAUGGGUUAAAUAAUAAUAUUGAAAUUUACAAAAUAUAA